GCGCGCGCGCUAACUCAAACUGAAGAGGACUAGAUAAAUGUGGCUGUGGUGGUGAUUUGAAUGAACUGAAGCUCAAACGAGCAAAGUUCAUACUGGAUGGAGUUGAACUGACCACAUUGAAAGCUGUUUUGGAUGAUGAGCCGUCCUGGGCUCAGCAGGGACAGUGCUCCCUCCAGCAGAGGUUUGGAGACCUGCAGCAACUUUCACAAUCUAUGGACUCAACUUAAAGAGUGUCAUGACGAUGCACUAGAAGGAUUACAAGAAAAAGUGAACCACCUGAAAAAGAAGCGAUGUUUAGAUGCCCAGAAACUAGAAGGCUUGUUCAAGCAGAACCAGCAUCUGCAGGGGGAGAACAAGGUCUUGCAAGAUACAGUCACUGUUUUGGAGCAAAGAUUACGUAUUGGAAAUUGUGACAGCUGUACAGUUACAGAUGAACACAUGAGAACGAAGCAAGUGAAGGCUGAGGAUGAUAGUAAGCAGAGCCUGCAAGUCAUUUCUAAACUCAUGGCAGAAAGGGACAGCCUGCAGGAAGACAACAGAAAGCUAAACAUGGAGCUUUAUAGACUGAAGGAAACUUGCUGGUCUGGAGAGCAGGAGGAGGUAAUCCCAGAUUCACCACUGAAGCACAUCUGUCUGGCAGCAGUCAACAAGAGGAAGAGGAGGAACGAGGCACUUGUCCACUAUGAAAAGCCUGCGUCUCUCACGCAGAGUUUAGCUAUCGAUGGUCUGUUCAAUACCGGAGCUGGGGAAGGAAGGUCUUCUCUUACAUGUCUGAGCCGGAAGAAAGACCUGUUGGAGCCAGAAACAUGUGAGAUGGAUACAUCCAGAGCCCCACAGUCUAGCAUACAUAGUUCUGAGUGUGCCAUGGUGACAGAAACCUGCUACCUUGAUUUUCCUGACAGGCUGUUACCUAACCUGGCUGCUUUCGAUCUUCAGGCCGGCUCUGAAUAUGCCAGAAAUGGGAACUUGUGGGAUGGAACCAAGAGUAACCUUCGGUCUCUUUCCUCAUCCCCUGUCUUUGGAAAGUCUGUAGUAGCAUCUGCCAACACCACUGAGGACAGGUCCCCCGCUUUCCUCCAAAGCACCAUGCUCAGAAGCCCUGGCCUUCACCUAAAGGCAUUUAACAUAAAGGAGUCAAACAGUAACUUGGAGGUUCCUGAGGGACCCAACCCCACUAAGAGCCCCCCGGCAAGUACCACACCUGGCAAGCUCAUACCAGUGGAACCAAUGUGGAGCUUGGAUCCUGAGCUCACACUCUCCCAGUACGACAUAGACACUCCUACCACAGUGGAGAGAAACACUUCCUGUUCAUCCCUCUGUCAUGAGCAGAGGCAGGAUGGGGGGGUGGUGGAUGUGGACUGCACCUUUGUAAGCCACAGCCUUCUUCUCCAGGGUCUGAGCCACCAUGGUCAAGACAAGAGCAGCACAACCCAUGUGUUGCAUGGAACCUUUCCUUCAGAAAUUGGUCAGAAGGCCAACAACAGCAUGGAGGAUGUUUUCGACCAAACAACCUUUGGAGAAUAUGAGUCAUGCCCCCUGAAUAAAGACUCUCAUCUGGAUCAUCAUCAAGAACUGGCAGGGGAGGAAGCUCAUAAGCCUCAAAACCGACCUGUACUUACCGACGGAGGGCAUAAAGACUGCAGCCCUAUGUUUGCCCAUGUGUCAGUGGUCCGCAGUAAAGAAGAGCGGAGGAAACUAAAAGGACACACCUGCAAGGAAUGUGAAAUAUACUACGCUGACCUUCCAGAGGCGGAGAAGAUCAAAAAGCUGUCUGCCUGUUCACGCCAUCGCUUCCACUAUAUUCCUCCAUCCACACCAGAAAACUUUUGGGAGGUUGGCUUUCCAUCUACACAAACUUGUUUAAAAAGAGGUUAUUUUAAAGAAGACAAUGAGCCAGAGCAGCGCAUUAGAAGAAGACAACCUUAUAAUGCCAUCUUUUCCCCAAAGGUUAAAGAGCAGAAGAACCAAUGAUAACUUUUUAUAAAGACUACAAAAGUCAUUUCUUUUGUAAAAUAUAAAUACUUUGUAAUUUCUAAAUGUUUUGUAAUUGAUGUUAUAGUUAUAAUCACAUGUUUUUCAAUAAAACG